AUGUCUAGCAAUAUCCUUGAUUCCCUAGUUUCGCUGGCGAAACGCAUCAAUAUCCCGAUUACAGCCUCGAUAACGGCCCACGACCAAGCUGAGAUGCAAAGAGACCCAUGGGCGCAGUCCGGGAAAUAUGCGCUGGCAUGGGUAUACUUCAGCGUUGUCCUCGUUGUUCUCACUGGUCUGGUUCGCGUAUUUCAUCUCUUGGGUGAUCGCGUGCGAAUUGCUAUCUACAAGGAACCGGCUGUCAAGUCUCCUACGAGUGGUUCGGAACACGAGCUUCCAAGCGCUGCUACCGACAGUUCGACCAAGAAAUUUUUCCCACCGCAGGGUCCCCUUCCCUCAACUCGUGCGCAAGGGUCAUCUACUGUGGCGCCUUUGAAUAAUAUCGUUGCGUUUUUUCGCUGGAUAUUCUACAGACCGAUUCCAACCUUGAGAAUUGGAGGCUUGCAUCUCGUUUUUCCGCCUCUCGCAGUCAUUGUCAUCGUCUCUAUCGCGCUCAUCUUCAUCGUGAUCUACUGUUUUGUUCCUCAACCGCUAUACUUUUCAAGUAUCGCUCUGGGUUCCCCGCCAUUGGCUAUCCGAGCAGGGAUGAUUGCGUUGGCGAUGAUUCCUUGGAUUGUUGCGAUGGGCACCAAACCCAAUGUCUUAACUUUGGUAACUGGAAUCGGCCAUGAACGUCUCAAUGUUCUUCAUCGAUGGCUUGGAUAUCUCUGCCUCCUCAUGAGCCUUGUCCAUAUGAUUCCCUUUUACGUCACCCCAGUAUGGAAAGACGGCGCAUACGCCAUGUUCAAACAAAGCCUUGUCCCACAAGGCGUGCAUAUGUAUAUUUAUGGCAGUGGAAUCGCAGCAUUUGUUCCAUUAGCUGUUCUCUGCAUUCACUCCUUGUCUUAUAUUCGUGCAAGAACCUAUGAACUAUUCGCCUAUUUGCAUGGACCGAUCGCGGUGGUGUUUAUAGCCAUGAUGAUUUGGCACACCAAGAAUUUUCUUCUUUCCUGGAACUAUCUCUGGGCCACCAUUGCCGUGUGGUUUUUCUCAUACUGCAUUCGAGGAUUCUGGCUGAAUUGGUUCAGUCCUCUGCGCUUCUCAUGGUUGAUUGGCGAGGAGUCUGCAGUCACCAUACUCCCAGGAAACGCAGUGAAAGUCACGAUACCAACGCAGAUGCGGUGGAGGCCCGGACAGUAUGUGUAUCUGCGAAUGCCGGGAAUUUCGCCAUUGGAAAACCACCCAUUCACAAUAGCCUCGCUUUGCAGCGAUGACUUUCCAUCAAAUUACGGCCCAGAAUAUCGCGACAUGGCCGUUGUCUUUCGACCUUUUGGAGGAUUUACACGCAAGGUCUUAGAAACUGCGAGGAGAAAGGGGCCGUAUAAAAUCUAUCGGGCUUUCCUCGAUGGACCAUAUGGCGGAAUGCAGCGAGAGCUGGCCGCAUUUGACGACGUUGUGUUCUUUGCAGGGGGUAGCGGCAUCACUGCGAUUGCUAGCCAGUUACUCAAUCUGAUCAAGAGAAUGAGGGAUGGCAAUGCUGUCACUGCCAAUGUCCGAGUCAUAUGGUCACUCAAGACCCCCGAGACCAUGGAGUGGUUCAAAGAAGAGUUGAGAAUUUGCAGAGAGUUCGCUCCUCCAAACUCUGUCCAAUGCAAGUUCUACUUGACAAACUCGGACUCGGACAAAGAAACCGCUACACAGGUAGUAAAUGAAAUUAUCCAUGGGUUGCCCAGCAAACGCAACUCGGCUUGGAUUCGCGAAGAGGCCGGUGGGGACCCAGAACGGGAGAAAGAGCUCAGGCGUGAGAACGAAGAUGCUAUCACCGCCCUUCCUGGUGCUUAUAUACCUCCUGGAGGUGCCGGCCCGAGUCGACAGGCAUAUCCUGUAUAUCCGCCUUACGAUCCAUACGCACCUUAUGCUUAUCCGGCUACGCAGCCGAGCCCGCAGAGCGGCCACUAUAAUAAUAACUUCGAUUUCGGAUUUCAACAAGCGCAGCAACAAUAUCCGCCAAGUCCACAGCCUGCACCAGCUCCUCUUCAACAGAGCAGAAGCACCCUAACACGAUUCGCCUUUCUUCCACGGCAAAAACAGGACAGCUGGCGCACCGAAUACGGACGGCCUGAUAUUAAAGCCAUGCUUCUCGAACAAUCGAAAAGUUGGGGCCGACGCACUUGCGUCUUUGUCUGCGGACCACCAAGCAUGCGAGUCGAAGUAGCCAAUACAGUGGCUCGGCUACAGCAGCUUGUCCUGAGCGACCGCACCAAAGACGAAAUUUUCCUUCAUGCGGAGAACUACGCAUUAUAG